AUUUGCUUGAAUACGGUUUAGAUUAUCGAACCACAAAACUUCCUAAUAGUCUGCCCUUUUUGUUUUUCUUCAAGACAGUACCUUUAACGCCUCACGACCACGGUUGUGGACAACUACUCAAACCAAUUUGCGACGAUCCCGGAGCACCGCCGUUCCACAAACUGGCCGCCGGUCUAUUUCUCUCUGGCUGCGGUUUCCUCUUCCACUUUUUCUUUGGUACAGAGGUUUUCUGGGUUGAUCUGAAGUUUGUGGGAUUUUCUAUUUUACUAAGAACAAAAAAUUGUAAAGGGCAGUACAAAUAUCAUUAAGUUAUGUAUGGUAGGCCGUAUGGGCAAGGUCUUCAAAGACCAAUGCCUCCUUAUCAGCAGCAGUUUUCUGGUCAUCCUUCAGCUCCACGUUUCCAGCCUGGGAAUUCCAUUCCCUUGCAACCUGUAAAUCAACAGGGUGUACACGCUCAUGGAGCUGCACCUCUUGGACCUUAUUUACAUGCUCCUCCUGCCCCACUGAACAUGCCACAGCAAGGUCCUUCAGUUUCUACCUCCAAUGCUGGUCAAUCUUAUAUGCAUCCACCUUUGAUGGCACAUAAUGGGGCUGCUGUACAACUUCCUUUUUUAGCUGAUCAACAAAAAUUUGUUCCUGGAAGUCAAAAUCCUCGACCUCCGCUUCCACCUCCCCCUUCUAUGGGUCAUAGGGCUCCACCGCCACCUCCUUUUAUGCAGCUUCCAACGCUCCCACCGCCAAAUGUUCCUGGUUUUUUUCCUCCUGUUAACUUUGAGUCAGCUAAACCUCAAAGCACAAAAACUCACAUGCAUGGCGUAGCUCCCCCGCCACCACCUCUUCCACCUUCUUCCCCACCAAAUGCUCCACCUCCUCCUUUGUGCUCUCCAUCUUCUCCCGGAAAGUUUUCUACACCCACUAAUGUAGAAGCUAGGCCACCAAUCCAUUUAGAGCAUGCUCCUAUUUGUGAACAAGUUCAUGUGUCUGAAUCUUGUGGUAAUACAACAACCUGUAGUCCGAAGAGUGGUGGCACUCCAAUUUCUAAUGAUGAUAUGUCAGUGAAAGAAAGUGUUACUGUGGAUCUACAUAUUCCUCCACCUAAGCCAUCCAAUGAGAUUGUCAUUCGUAAUAUUGAACUCUUGUGUCAGUUUAUAGCUAAGAAUGGGCCUGACUUUGAAGAAAUGGCCCGUAAAAAAGAAGCUGGAAAUCCAGAGUUCGACUUUCUAGUUGGUGGGGAUCCAGGAAGUGAAGCUUCAUGUGCUCAUGAAUAUUUUUUGUGGAUGAAAAAGAAAUGUGCUUUUGAAUAUGAUCUGCUUAAAAAUCAAGAACAUAGUGAUUUAUCACAAAAAGAUGUUGAUGUAGGGCGCUGUUCAGGUCCUAAUUCUUUGCUCAAAACAAGGAAAGCUCAUUCACCUGCAGAUUCUGAUGUAGACAUGGAAGAUGAUAUUACCCAAUUCGAUAAAGAGCAUGGGGUUAAUAACUCAGUUGAAGAUUUAAAGCCAGUAUCUGUAUCAGCUGGAGAGGUCAGUGCAUCGCCAAAACAUGAAAAUGACGAUGAUUUGCAACAAUCGAGAGAUAUUAGUCCUUCAGUAAGGUCAAGCCUGGCUGCGAAUUUUCAGGCUGAUGGUGAGUCAAAGUCCGACAAACCUGCUCAUCAGCCCACUGUUAUACAUAGCCCAUUUAGAAUGAUACAAAACUAUGCUUCCGAUAACUCUUCAGAUGAUGAUGGUGCUCCAUGUCAUGAGAAUGUUAAGGCUGUGAUAGUUGAACACCCCCUUGAUAAAUCUGAGACUUCUGUUUUGUAUGAAGACAAGGAGCAUAUCAAUGUGAACAUCAGAAGUGGUAUCAUAUGUGAAACAGAAUUCGUGCAAUCUUCCACAGCUUGUUUAGAGAGUGAGCAGACAAAAGAACAAGACGAUCUACGAGCAAUUAAGUGUGGUCUGCCUGAAGCAACAAAUCAAUCUUCUUUAAGAAGCUUUGAAACUGAUGAUUUAGAUGGUAGGAUUGAAGGAUCUAACGCAAAUGUUGCUUUUCAGGGAAAACAUGGGUCAGUAAGUGGUGGUGUUGAUUCUAUUUCUACGCAGAAAGAUGUUAAAAAAGAAGAUAAAAAGAAUAACCCAGCUGCAUCAAAAGUUGAUGAAUUUGGCAGACUGGUUAAGGAAGAUGCUAGUGAAAGCGAGUCUGAUGAUUCUUACCACUUGAGGAGGUGUGGUAGAAGAGAUAGGAGUCGGAGUCGUAGCCGCAGUCGAUCACCUUCUGAUAAGAGGAUGAAGAGGAGAAGUCCUCGAAGGAGUCCUCGCCGAAGGAAGGAGAGAAGAAGUCGAUCUCCAAGCUGGUCCCCUAAGAGACGUAGAAGUAGAAGCAGAUCGCCUUACCGGCCUGUAGGUGAUUUUCGUGGUGAGAGGUUGAGACGAGGCAAGAUUCAAACGCCUGAAUGCUUUGAUUUCCUUAAGGGACGUUGUUAUCGGGGAGCUUCUUGUCGGUAUAUGCACCACGAGUCAGAAAAAAAUGAAAAUCCCAAACGUAUUUACAGUAAGCAACACCAAGCAGAAAUUGGGGUGUGUGAAAGGAAUCCUGAUCUUCAUGUUGCAAGUGUCUCCAUAAAAUCACCACAACAUAAUGAUGUGAAGGGUGAGAAGAGGCAUCUGGAUUUUGAUAAGCAUGAUAGUUCUGAUUUGGGUUUGCAAACAUGUGAUGAGAGAAGGAAAGUAGAAUUCAGAGACAAUGCUGUACAGCCAAGUGUUUCUCAUCAAGAUGUUGAGAAACUAGUUACUGAUGUUAAAAACUAUGAUGCUUCUAGGAAGGGAGAUCAUGUUUCAGGUGCAUCAGAGGAACCAAAACUUCAUCCUCCUAUUUGUGAGGAACAUCCAUCAUCUGUUAUUCCUCCAACAAUCCAUCAUUUGGAAGAUCAUAGACAUGAAGAGGAACCGCAAAAGACGGACAAUUCUUCGAAAAUGGAUUCUUCCGCUGUCCAGAUAUCUGCAAUACCUCCGUCUGGUCUUUCUGCUGAUGAAACAUCUGUGCACAUGAUAUCCACUGGAUCCAUUCCUACAUAUGCUUCUGUGCCUGAUUUCACUCAUCAGAUUUCUCAUUUACCACCACCUCCAUUAGCUCAACAAGCAACAAAUGCUCCACGAGGUCCAAAUAUGCAGUCAGAUUACAAAUUAUUGGGUCUCUCUGGUAGCUUCCCUCCUCAAUCUGUCCCUGUUGAUAGUGGUCUCUUCUAUCAACGGUCUCAUAAUCCUGUUCCUCCAUAUCCUGCAUGGAACACACUGCCACAAUCACGCCCACCCAAUAUGGUUGGUCCGUCUAUGCCUGUGGCUCCCUUACAAUUUCAGCAGGGUAAUUUUCUUAUGAGAAAUGACUUUCCAGGUCAGAUGCCUUUGAGGGCACACAGUGGUGAACCACCAAAUCAUUCUCAGGUUGGUGGAUUUCCAAAUCAAACGUACCAUUUUCCUUCGACCAACAUUCCAGCUCAGCCAUUUGCAAGUUCCAAUGUAGUUGGAGAUGAUAAAUAUUCCCAGUUUGGUCCUGGGAUGACCUCUCAAUCCAUGCAAUAUCAAGGGGAUCCAACAGUAAGAAACACACUAUCAUUUCCUGGGGACAAUUUACUUGUGAGUGAAUCUUCUAAAACAUCUUUCCAGAACCAUAAGUCUGUGUCUGGAUACCCAUCUAAUCUUCAUGGAAGAGAUAGUUCAUCUACUGUUUUUGAUGUUGGAGAAUCUGCUUUUUCCACCCAUUAUAAUCCAUAUGCCUCAACAUUCGAUCAGCCACUGAGCACCAGGUUCAGUUCUAUCACUUUUACACAAGGUAGAGAGGCAACUGUGGGUGUUAAACAUGAUAGUUCUGUUGAUUUGGGUCAUGCUCCAAUAGAUGGGCAAACAGCUGGCGAUAAUGCAUCGAGGCAGAUUAUUUCUUCCUCAAAUUCUUCAAAGGCUGGGGGACAAACUGUACUUAAAACAAGUGGAGACCAAUAUGAUCCUUUGUUUGAUAGCAUAGUUCCUUUUGCAGAAUCAUUGAAGCAUACUCAGAAGCAGGACCAUGCAGCUGAGAACUCUGAUAUCUUGUUAAAGUUUGGCACUCAUCAUAAUGUAUUAGAUGUUGGAGAAAACAGCAAGCAUAAAGUGGUUGGAGCUGUUGCUUCUACGGCAUCGCUGGAAAACGAUGAAUUUGGUGAGACAGCUGAUGCUGAAGUUGGGGCUGUUGAGAAUGGAAGCCCAAGCAAUGCGAAUGAGGAUGCAGAUAUUGCUGAAGGUGAUAUUGAGAUUGAUCAAGUUAAGCCAGAAGGGAGAACUAAAAAGAAUAAGGACUCUAAAUCAAUGAAAUUGUUUAAAGUGGCAGUUGCAAAUUUUGUUAAGGAUGUUCUUAAGCCACAAUGGCGUCAGGGUAAUAUGAGUAAGGAAGUUUUCAAGACAAUAGUAAAGAAAACUGUUGAUAAAGUGUCUGGGGCUAUGAAAAAUCGCCGUUUACCCAAGUCACAAGAAAAGAUAGAUCAUUAUAUUGACUCGUCCCGGAGGAAACUUACGCAACUAGUAGAGGGUUAUGUCAGUAAAUACAAGAGUUGAUUUUGGCAUCACAUUUCAAGACAUGUUAGCAGGCACUGAGAUACGCAGACCUCCAAUCAGUGAAAUUGACGUUAGGUUGUACUGCAGCGGGAUAAUUUGACCUGAACUCUUGGAAAUUGGAGUGAUCAAUCGAUGUAGGAACAUUUUGGGGGCUAAAUUCCAAAAUCUAGUGUAAGGGUUCAUGAGACCGAGUUCUGAUCAUUACAUAUGAAGAUCUUUGACAAGGGCCAAGUUAAAUGGGUUGUAUCAGAAAAUUCAUUGAGAUUCAGACUUGUGAAGCUUGUUUAAUCUCGAGAAGCCUGUUAAUAUGUUAGUGUGUUUCAUCUUUUGUCUAAGCUACAAACUAUACUGUUUGUAAAAUAUCUUAUUUCUCGGAGCAUCGAUCACAUAUUUAUUUCAUGCUUCCAUCAAACCAGUCAAUAGUAUAGAUUGUGCAACAGCUUAGUGGCCCAUUGGGAGCUCUAAUACAAUCCUGCAUGAAGCGAGCUAUUAAUGGGCAGAUGAAUUGUGUUGGGAUUGUUCCACUUCCACUUGUGCUCUGCCCCCUGUGUUGUAGAAUAUGAAGUUUGCUAUAUGUCAUAGUCAUCAAUCUAAUAUCCCGCCUAAAUGAACCGAUUAUGUAGUCUAUCCUAGUAUUUUGAGAUAAGGCCUUGGUAUUAUAGGAAUUGAUUUAUUUGUUUAUAUAGUCUAUCAUAGUCUUUUGAGAUAAGGCUUUGCCUUAACCUAAAUUUAUAAUGUGAUAUUCACUACUAUGAGAAUUAUUUUGUUAAAUUAUUUUUUUUUUAUUUUAUUAUUUUCACACGUUUGGGCUUUAAAUAUUUGCAUAAUUGCAAUCAGAAAAUUGAAUUAAAAAUGAGAGAGUUGUAAUAGGUUAAUGAUUUUUGUUAAGACACUAAGGGUAUGUAAAUUUGGUUUGAAAAUUGCUUAUUUAGUAUUUUGGUUGAGCUUUAAAUUGAUAAAAAACUAUUGCGAGACCAUUGAAUAGUGAGAU